GAAGCUGUGAGGGGAGCGGGCUGGGCAGAUAUGGGCACGCGAAAAGGCUGAGUACUAUUUCACAGCUUAGGCUGCCACCAUGGGCACCGCAUCCUCUUUGGUCAGCCCAGGAGAGGUGAUUGAGGAUGGAUAUGGGGGUGAAGGCGGGGAAGCCUGUGAGAUCCCAGUGGAGGUUAAACCCAAAGCAAGACUCCUGCGCAGUUCCUUUCGCAGGGGACCUCGGGUGAUUGGGGCCAGUUUCAAAUCCACAGGUUCUGUGGAUCUGGAGUAUGCCGCUGAGUAUGAAAGACUCCGUAAAGAAUAUGAAAUCUUCCGUGUCAGCAAGAAUAAUGAGAUCUCAUCCAUGCAAAAGAAGGAGGCAAAGCUGGACGAGGAGAACAAGAGGCUGAGAGCGGAGCUGCAGGCUCUGCAGAAGACCUACCAGAAGAUCCUCAGAGAAAAAGAGAGUGCACUUGAGGCAAAGUACCAGGCAAUGGAGAGGGCUGCCACCUUUGAGCAUGACAGGGACAAAGUAAAACGACAGUUUAAGAUUUUCAGAGAGACGAAAGAAAAGGAGAUUCAGGAUCUCCUGCGGGCCAAGAGGGACUUGGAGGCAAAAAUGCAGCAGUUGCAGGCUCAGGGCAUUCAGGUCUAUGAUCCAAAUGAUUCUGACUCAGAUGACAACCAAACCACUGUCACUGCUGCAGGGACCCAGUGCGAGUACUGGUCUGGUGGUGUGCUGGGAAGUGAGCCCUCUAUGGGUAGCAUGAUGCAGUUGCAACAGACCUUCCGGGGGCCCGAGUUUGCGCACAGUUUGAUAGAUGUGGAGGGACCCUUUGCAAAUGUGAGCAGAGAUGACUGGGAUGCUGCAGUGGCCAGUCUGCUCCAGGUCUCUCCUCAUGUGCCCCAAGCCUUAUGGAGUAACACAGUUCGCUGCUACCUAAUCUUUACCCAAGAGACCAAAGCUGAGCUUGAUGUCUUUAUUACGAAACACUCUCCAGUGUUGCGAAGAAUGUGUGAGGGUCUCGGCCAUUUCUACCUGAACGUCUGUUUCCCAGAGGAGGCCACUGCCUCAUACGCUGUGGAGCGGAAGCAAGAGAUUGAAAGGAGCUCUGUGUGUGUGCUUCUUCUCAAAUCUACUGUCACUAGCUCUGUGGUGGAGGAUUGUGAGGAGGCCUUUGUGAAGAAUCCUGAUGGCCAUCCACUGGUGCUCUACCUCAGGACUGAAGAAGAUCACAAUUUGACUGGACCCACCAGGCAACUGCUAGAAAGGAUCAAUGCUGCGGACAAGGCUGCUAAAGUCAAGGUGGUGGAUCAUAGUGGUUCUGCAGAGGAGGGGGCUGACUUGAUUUAUGCCCAACUAGAGAAAGUCAUCAAACAGGAGUUGCUGGGUCUUGAAGGAGCAGAUGUUGACUCCAAGGACUCUGGGAUAGAGGAGGGACAUGAGGAGGACUCAGGAGAUGUGCUUUGGGACCUGCAUGAUGAGCAGGAACAGAUAGAGUCCUACCAGCAGGCCUGCAACAGCACCACCUCCCAGUUAGGUUUUCAGAAGUAUAUAGAUCGUUUGAAUGACAUGAUAGCAGCUCCCCCUCCCACCCCUCCUCUGCUGGUGUCUGGUGGUCCAGGCUCAGGGAAGUCUCUCCUGCUCUCCAAGUGGAUCGAGCAGCAACAGAAGCAGUCGCCCAACACCUUGUUCCUUUAUCAUUUUGUUGGUCGUCCACUUUCCACAAGCUCAGAGCCGGUUCUCAUUAUCAAACGCCUCACAGUCAAAUUGCUGCAGCACUUCUGGUCCAUUUCUGGCUUGUCCAUGGAGCCCAGUAAGAUCUUGGAGGAGUUUCCCCGCUGGCUUGAAAGACUGUCAGCACGCCAUCAAGGAAACAUCAUCAUCAUCAUCGACUCCAUAGACCAAAUACAGCAAGCAGAAAGGCACAUGAAGUGGCUGAUCGACCCUCUCCCAGUUAAUGUCAGAGUCGUGGUGUCUGUCAAUGUGGAGACAUGUCCUCAAGCUUGGAGAUUGUGGCCCACACUUCACUUAGACCCACUGAGUCCCAGAGAGGUCAGGAGUGUUGUUAAUGCAGAGUGCCAGAGCAUGGAUCUCAAAUUUACCAAGGACCAGGAGAAGAAGCUGGAAAGGCACUGUCGCUCUGCAUCCACCUGCAAUGCAUUGUAUGUCACACUACUGGCAAGGAUGAUCAUCAGCAGUAUAUCAUGUUGGUCACUGGAGAAGAGCCUGGAGCAGUGUCUUCAGUGUCAGGACACCAUGUCACUGUACCGACAGGCCCUCAAGAUGACACUGAACUCCCUCAAGACUGACAGAGAGCGUCACAUUAUGAGAGAGAUACUGUGCCUUGUGUGUGCCAGCCAUAAUGGAGUGAGUGAAUCAGAGGUACUAGACCUUUUCCCAGAAGUGGAGUUGCCCGUCCUGUCCUCUCUGCUUUACCGCCUGAACAGACUCUGCAUUGUAACCCUCCGUUGUGGGCUCAUCAGGUUUCAACACCUGCAGGCUUGGGAAGCUGUGAGGUUGGAGUUCCUGGGUGGAGGAAGCAGCUCUGCUGUUUACAGAGAGAAACUCAUUCUUUACUUCAGUCAGCAGCUCAGCCAGGAUCGUGUGACUUGGCGUGUCGCAGAUGAGCUGCCCUGGCUGCUUCAACAGCAGGAGGACAGGACAAAACUACAGCUUAGCCUCCUGAACCUGUUUGUCUCCCAAAACCUCUACAAGAGGGGUCAUUUCUCUGAGCUUCUAGCCUAUUGGCAAUAUGUGGGCAAAGACAAAAGCUCCAUGGCCACUGAGUACUUUGACUCCCUGAAACACUAUGAGAAGAGCUGUGAGAGCGAAGACAGCAUGACCAAGCUGGCAAACCUCUAUGAGACCUUGGGACGUUUCCUCAAAGACCUGGGCCUCCCUAGUCAGGCCGUAGCACCUCUACAAAGGUCCCUUGAGAUUAGGGAGACAGCCUUGGACCCCGACCAUCCCAGCGUAGCUCGCUCCCUGCACCAGCUGGCUGGGGUUUAUGUUCAGUGGAAGAAGUAUGGCAACGCGGAGCAGCUGUACAAGCAGGCCCUGGAGAUAAAUGAGAACGCCUACGGAGCUGAGCAUGCCAGCGUGGCACGAGAGCUGGAGUCACUCGCCAUGCUCUAUCAGAAACAAAACAAGUACGAACAGGCAGAGAAACUCAGGAAGGUGUCAGUGAAGAUCCGUCAGAAGACUGCUCGCCAGAAAGGUCAUAUGUACGGCUUCACUUUGUUGAGGCGCCGAGCCCUACAGCUGGAAGAGCUGACCCUGGGAAAAGACUCUGCAGACUGUGCCAAGACUCUUAAUGAACUGGGUGUCCUGUACUACCUCCAGAACAACCUGGAUGCUGCCAAGGUAUUCUUGACCCGCUCUCUGGAGAUGCGUCAGCGUGUCCUCGGUCCAGAUCACCCAGACUGCGCCCAGUCCCUCAACAACCUGGCUGCACUGCACACAGAGAGGAGGGAGUAUGAAACCGCUGAGGACAUGUAUGAGAGGGCGCUAGACAUCCGCAAGAGGGCCUUGUCCCCAGACCACCCCUCGCUGGCAUACACGCUCAAACACCUGGCCAUGCUCUAUAAACGCAGAGGGAAGCUGGAAAAGGCGGUGCCCCUUUAUGAGCUGUCUCUGGAAAUCAGGGAGAAAAGUUUUGGGCCCAAACACCCCAGCGUGGCCACAGCACUGGUCAACCUGGCUGUAAUCUACUGCCAACUCAAGAAGCACAGUGACGCCUUGCCUCUUUAUGAACGAGCACUGAAAGUGUAUGAGGACAGUUUGGGGCGCUCACACCCACGGGUGGGAGAGACACUAAAGAACCUGGCUGUGCUAAGCUACGAAGAGGGUGACUUCGAGAAGGCAGCGGAGCUUUACAAACGUGCAAUGGAGAUAAAGGAGGCAGAGCCAUCGUUGGUGUGUGGGAACGCUCCGUCCCGCCACUCCUCCAGCGGGGACACGUUCAGUCUGAGGGGACCUGCUCCCCUCCCGCAUGUCCCGAGGUGACUCAGUUCAGCCACGUAGUGCCACAAAACACCGUAGGGUAACAAAAACAGCAGACCCCAUGGUUUUAUCAAGAAGGGAACCAUCCCAGCCAUCACACUGUAAUUGUUGUGUAGGUGGAGGUUUAAGGGUUUGGUCAAAUAUACUGUACCUGCCAGUAUAAUUAUGAAGUUGGCCGCAUUUAGUCUGUGAAACUUGUGUAUUUGCCAAAAGUAUUUAUUAAUAUUUCUAACAUAAUCAUGUGUGUAAGGAACUUUGAACUUUCUUUAAUUCAGUCCUUUUUAGGGGCCUGGAACUCAGGUUUACUCUUAUGUUCAUUCAGACUCAAACACUUAUAACACUCCUAUUUAAAUGCCUCAGAUUGAAUGUCAUCAAAAAAGGAAUGAAAUGGCAUGAGGGUCUGGCAUAACCUAACCCAUGAAAGAUGAUUAAUGAGCAGACACUUUCAGUCCUCUCUAAUGUACAGGAGACAUUAAAUAUGCACUUUCAUUUUUGUGAAUUAGGGAUACAGGUUAGGAGUUUAAUUUUAAAUGAAUAACCCUAAAAGCUCAGUAAAAAAGCAAGCUUCUUUUGAAGAUGAUGAGCUAUCAAACAAUUUCACAAAGCAGACAGAUGAUGCUGUCAUUUCUCACCAAAACUGGCCCGACCUCUAAGAGAUAUGUUGCCAAGUCUACAUUCCUGAUGUUCUGAAUGAAGGAUGUUAGAGAGCUACUGUCUCUAAAAUCAGUGUGCGUAUCAUGGAAAGUUUGGUAUGUUUAUAUGCUGUUAAGAUAACAUUUAUGUUUACAUUAUGUAACGUUUACCUACAAGUAUUAAGUGUGUAAUUCAGAAAGAGAAAAUGUAGAACCCAAGAUAAGUGUCCAAAAUAUCACCUCUGGUACUGAUUUCAUGCAAAACUUAAUAUUGUAUAUUUAUUCAUUUACAAAAAGGGAUUUGCCAAAACCACGAUGGUGCCACUUGAGUGUCCAGGUCAAAGUACGAUAAAGUAAUGAUUUAUUGUUUGAUUGAAUGUACGUGAAUCCAAAAGGGACACCAAAACCAGUGUUUCAUUGCCAAAUAUAGUACAUACAAUGUACAGUGUUUUUCAAUAUUCGGUUAUUAAUGUAAAAUCUGUAAAAGCUGUACAGGACAACAACAAUCACAUCCUUGUACAUCCAAUACAGUAUAUGGAGGAGAUUGUAUUCCAUCUAAUAAAUACUUUAUUGAGACAACGUAAACAUUGUUCAUCAGUAAUGUUGCAGCAGAUAUUUUCUUAAAGCUGAGUGAAUGACAGAGCAAGUACAUUAAAAGGUUGGGGCACUCGUUCACUAAUCAAAACCGUAGAAAAUACACAUUGUGAUACAUGUUAAUGCACUAACAGUGAUAUUAUUCUAGGUUUGUAGUCAUUUCAUUAGAGGCUGUACCAAUUCCAAGUGCUAAACACCUUUCCAGUAUGUCAGUAAAUUACACAUUUCACUGCUUUGUUCGCAGCAGCACUUUUCAUGCAUUUCCUCUCUUCAGCUAUCAGAGGAUUUCAUUCUGUAAUUCCUUAUUUGACAUUAAUUGGCUUUUUCACAAGGAUGCUUGUUGUCAAAGAAAGCAAUGGAAUAGAGACGCGACAAAAGGCGAGUCUUGUCUGAAGAGCUGGAAUGCAUCGUCAGACUGCUGCCUACAACUUUCUCAUCUGAGCCAUCAAGUCCUCCAGACUCUGGUCAGUCUCCUCCACUGUCUCCCCACUUGCUGCACUCUGUUUCAGACGCAAGAAAACAAAAUAUAUCAGCAUUUAGAUGAGUCAGCAAAAAGACCAUUAACAAAAAGUACAGUCAAAAUGCCACAAUUUCAAGUAUUCUUUUUAUGCUUUUUGCCAGUGUACUUUACAAUGCUGCUGACCCUUUUCCACAACAACAUGAUCUUUUGAUUGAUUUCCUACCUAACUUCCAGCCAGGCAGUAUCAUUUUAGAUCAGUAUGGAAUGAAAAUAUAAUUAGAGACUGUAAACUUGCCUGGUGCCAUCUGUCACGGUAAACACUUAGCUGACUUUACUGUUACAAUUUAAAAACAUGGAAUGCUUUGGCUCUGUGCAACCUUGUUCAUUUGCUGUGUCCAUAGAAAUGACAAUGAAGCUACGACGAAUGUAUGGUUUCCUUACAAAGAAAAAAUGAUAACUACAUCACUGCAUAACUCAUAAA